AUGGUAGGUACCGUUUCUGGCAAGGAGGUCCAUAAUAAAUGGAGUGACAAGAAAAUGGAAGGAAGAGAGGGUUUCAACACUAUCGAGUGCCUCAGAGCAAGAUUGCUUGCAGAGAGACACGCCUCCAAGCUGGCCAGUGACGAAGCUGAAUCUCUAGGCCUCAAGUUGAUUGAGCUGGAAAAUAAAUUAAGACAAGAGAUUAAAUUCAGAGAGAGAGCCGAGAGAAGGCUCAAAUUUUUGCUGAAGAAGCUUAAGUCUAGCAACAUUUCAUCCACAUCAGGGGAAUCUGAGCAAUCUUAUUCAUCAGAGAAAUGUGAAAGUUCGUUUACAACAAACAGUUCAGCUUCCACUGACGCAGAAGAGAACGAAACAAAGCCUCAUUCAAGAGAUUCGCCUAUCUCCGGGGGUUCUAUGCACCAAAUUUCUAAAGACUCCAUUCAAGCCCAUAAUGGUCCUCCCGUUUCAAAAGAUUGUGAUUGCCCUCAAGAUCUGCGCGAGAAUCCAAGUCCAAACUCUGAAAAUUUCAACGACAGCGAAAACAGGGUUUCGUUUUCAAGCUCCAAAUCAUCAACAGGAGUUUCCACUGCUCGGGACACUAAUAUUUACAGUUCACACACAAGUCCAAGCAGCCCAAGCUCCCCUGAAGACCCAAGUCACAGUCCAAAUCUGAGCUCUGAUAACGACAAGAACGAUGAAAUCAGACGCGGAAUUUGACGAAACAGUGCUUUAUCUCAUGAUUUCACUUGUUUUCAACGUUGAGAAUUUCGGAUUUCUGGGGGUAACCUCAAAGACCAUCAAUGAGGAUGAUAGAAUAGUGUGAUUGAAGCUUGUGGCUGCAUACGGAGGGAAGCUAGCUUCUGGGCUCAGUGGGAAGUGGAAGGCAAGUGAGAAAUAGUGGUAAUAGUAUUCUAAAUAAUGUGCAUGUUUUAUUAUAGAAAUUAGAACGCGAGAGAUGAGAUUAGGGAAGGUGAGGCAAAUGAGAUCACAAGAGCAGCGUGGCAAAGUUGGUGAGAAUGAUCAGAGAAAGCAUGUGAGUGUGAGGAUUUUAAGUUUCUGGUCGUAAAUGAAUUCUUGAGUUGGUGGAUAUGGUCACUUGACUCUUGUUCUUUAUUGGUUCAAGACUAGGCGGGUAGGUUGAGAUCAAAAGGCUUAAUAAGUUCACGAAAUUAAUUGCC